AUGGGAGAACGAGAUGUGGUAGAAGCAGCAGCAACAGCAGCUGCAUCAGGAGUAGCAGCAGGUGCUGCUGCUCCUGCUACUGCUCCUGCUGCUCCUGCUGCUCCCAGGUUUUCUCCCUGCAACCUGCAGCAAAAUCCGUGGGUCUCUUGGAGGUGCUUCUUAGACGCCUGCAGCUCUCUGCUUUCACACGAAACCUCCGCGUGCCGCUGCACAUGCAGCAGCGGUAGCAGCAGCAGCAGCACCAACAGCAACGGCAGCACCAACAGCAGCAGCGCCAGUAGCAAACGCGCAUGCAGCCGCAUUUCCUCAAGCUCUUCUGAGACUAAUUUAGCUGCUCCAGAUUUAAGGCCUCUAAAGCGCCACAGAAGAUGCAGCAACAACAGUGGCGAUUGCGGCUGCGACAGCAGCGACGGCAGCAGCAGCAGCAGCGGCUGCUGCUGCUGCUGCACGGACGCAGAUUCCCUGCAAAGUAGCUCGGGCUCUGUCUUGAAGCAGGAGGAGACUUCCAUCUGCAGCAGCAGCAGCAACGUGUGCAGCAGCAAGAGGAGCAUUUUUCGCGGCAGCAGCCACGGUAGCGGCAGCAGCAGCAGCAGCAGCAGCAGCAGUGAGAAUCUGCGACGCCGCCUGCUGUACGCGUGGGCGUGUCUGUACACCUGGCGUGCUGCUGACAGCCGGCUGCCUGCAGCAGCAGAGCUGUCGCUGCAGCUGCUGGAGGUUUUCUUAUCAGACCCCUGCUUCUUCCCCCGCAGCAACAGCAGCAGCAGCAGCAGCAGCAGCGCGCUGCUGCGGCACGCGUACGGGCUGGUGCUGGUGCGGCACGUGAACACCGUGGUGGAUGCAGCACAGAGCGGAGCUUUUGCUGCUGCUGUUGCUGCUGUUGCUGCUCGAGUUGGUUUGGAUUCUGAAUUGGUGCAGCUGCGGCACGAAGCAACUCACCACAGUCUGCCUUCGCUGCAGCAGCUGAGGGAAGCUGCUGCUGCUGCGCUGCAGCAGCUGCUGCUCACCUACUGGGGCCCGCAGCAGGACAGGCUCAGGGCCCUUCUCUUCUCCUGCUACAGCAGCAGCAGCAACAGCAGCAGCAACAGUAGCAAGCCGCCGGGCAGCCACGCGCUCGCGGAGCUGACUGAACAGCAGCAGCAGCAGCAGCAGCAGCAGCAGCAAUGUAAGAUGCCGCACAGCCUCUGUGUUGUUGCUGCAGCGGUUGCUAGGGCCUCUGCGGUUCCGCCACUGCUGCAUGCGCUGCAGCAGGCGCACGCAAGUUUGCUGCUGCAUACCGUCAGCAGCAGCAGCAACAGCAGCAGCAGCAAAAAGGUUGCUAAGCAGCAUGAAGCACCAGUACUGCAGCAGAUACCGAAGAAGUGGCGCAUGCGUCAUCUCUCUAGCCCGUUUGCGGCUGCGCUGCUGGAGCAGCAACAGCAACAGCAGCAGCAGCAGCAGCAGCCGCGACAGCAGCCGCAGCUGCAGCAGCAAACACAGCAGCAGGAGCAAGCAAGGGCGGCUGCUGCACUGUGCGCCUCCCGGCUUAUAGGCGUUUGGCGCCGCAGGUGGGAGAAAGCCGCCGCGAGCAGCAGCACCAGCAGCACCAGCUGCAGCAGCAGCAGCAGCAGCAAGUGGAGCAGCAGCAGCAAGUGCAGCAGCAGCAAACGCAAUAGCAGCAGCAAAGAAGAGCUGACGGCCUCCCAAGGUGGAAAAUCUGCAACAAAGGCGGCACCUGCUGCUACAGAAUGCCGAAGGAGUGCGGUGCAGCAGCAGCAGCAACAGCAGCAGCAGCAGCAGCAGCAACAGGAAAAGCAACAGCUACUGGAGGAGGAGGGCUUGGCAGGCCAGCUAGUUGACUGGGCUGUUGCUGCUGUUGUUGCAGAUGGUGCUGCAGCAAAGUCAAUGCAUCUGCUGCAGGAGAAAGAUGACAGCGAGCUGCUGCUGCUAUCAUUUGCUGCUGAGUGCUGCUGCUGCUGCUUCAGCCCGCAGCAGCAUCCAGGGAUGUUGCUGCUGCUGCUGCGGCUCAUCACUGCAGCAACACCUCUUUUUGCUUCGAAGCUGCUUUUGCUGCUGCUCGCCAUCGGCACUGCAGCAGCCGACUCUCUCAGCAGUAGUGACACUGGCAGUGCUGCUGCUGCUGCUGCUGCUACAGCACCUGCUAAUCAGCCAGCAGCAACAACAGCAGCAACAGCAGCAGCAGGAUGGAGCAAACAGAGAUAUGCAGAACGAUUGAUGCGGUGGGUACUGCUGCUGCACAAGAAAGGAGCAGCAAAAGAGCUGCUGCUGUCGCUGCGGCGGCGGACACGAAUUUGCUGCAGCAUAAGCAGCAGCAGCAGUAGCAGCACCAGUUUGUGCUGCUGCACCGCAUGCGUAGAAGAGCUGCUGCUGCUGACCAGCAGCAACGUCCGGCAGUGGCUGCUGCUGCUCUCGGGAGGGUUGUCGCUUGCAGGUGCUGCUGCACUGCAGCAGCAACAGCGGCAGCCGCUGCUGCUGCAAGAAGUUGCAGCAGCAGCGGUGCAUUUCCACUGCAACGAUUUGCUGCUACGGCGGCAUGUGGCCAGAAGCAGCAGCAGAAGCAGCAGCAGCAGCAGACCUGAGGCAAACGGCUGCAGCUCUUUGACAGAUGAUGCAGCAUCAAGAGGAGUAGCAGCAAGGUCACCGAGUACCGCAAGUGCUGCUGCUGCUCCUGCUGCUGCUGCUGUUGCCGCUGCUGCUGCUGCUCCUGGCGUUGUUGCUGUCAACGGCAGCGAAUUCUGCUCCUGGGUUUAUGGAGACUUUUGCGGGCUGAUGCCUUCUGCUGCUAUUUUUGACCCUGCAGCGGUGCUAGUGCUGCUGCAGCAAGUGGCGCUGCAGCAGCAACAGCAGCAGCAGCAGCAGCAGGACCACGAGCAGCAGCAGCAAGAGGUAGUGCGAGAGCGGCAGCAGCAAAAGGCUGCAGAUCUCCCGUGUCUGCAGCUGCUGGCUGAGCGGCGCAUGGCGACUGCCUGGUGUGCUGUGGGGCAGCAGUUUGCUGCUGCUGCUGCUGCUGCAUGCGCGAGCCACGCUGUUGCCGCCCUAGGAAUUCUUUCAGCUGCUGCCUCUGCUGCCGCUGCUGUCCAGGAGCAGCAGCAGCACCGUCGCCUCCAGCAGCAGCAGCAGGCUAUAUCAACGCCUGCUGACACUGGGGUAGCAGCAGCAGCAGAAGCGCCCCCAUCACCAGAUGGUGGGGCAGUUGUUCAGUCUGCAGCAGGUUCUGAUGCAGCAGCAGCAGCAGCUGCAUCUACUGCUGCUGCUGCUGCUCCUGUUGUCUCCCUGCACUGGAUGACAGCGGCGCUGCUGCAGCAGGAGGAGGAAGAGUUCGCUGCGAGCUUCCUUGCUGCUCCGCCGCUGCCGAGCCGGCAGCAGCAGCAGCGACGGCAGCAGCUGCAGCAGCAGCUGCAGCAGCGGCAGCAGCAGCCGCUCCAUGCAGAUACAUUGUUUUCUGUAUGCUCUGCAGUGACGGAGUUUGCUGCCAGUGCUAGUGUGGCUGGAGAUGCUGCUGCAGCGCCUGCUGCAGCUGCUGCUCUCACUCCGCAUCUGCUGCAGCAGCUGCGUAUACACUGCAGCUGCGCAUACACCGCAUUUGCUGCAGCAAAUAUGGCAGCGAGACGGCUGCAGCAGCUGCUGCCAGCGGGCGCAGCGGCAGCAGCAACUUCCGGUGUAGCAGCGGCAGCAGCGAACAACUUGCUGCUGCUGAAGGACUGCAACCGUGAACCCAGCAGCAGCUUUGCAGCAUACGCAGCAGUAGAAAAGGAAUUGGUCCAUGCAGCAGCAGAAGCAGCAGCAACUACUGCUGCUGCUGCUACUGCCGCCAAGCAUGAAACUGCAGCAGCAGCUCCAGUGCAGGUGCUACAGCCAUCUCCCUAUGUUUUAGAAAAGCUGCUGCGCCACACCUUCACCUGCGACGGGGUGGGAGCCCCACAGCAAGCUGCGGAUACACUCCAUUUGCUGCUGCGUGCUGCGGCGCCAUUGGAACAGUGCAGAAGAAAGUUCUCACGUGCUGCAGCAGGAGCAGCUCCCGCUGCUGCAGCAACGGAUGCAGCAGCAGCUGCAGCUGGUGCAGCAGGAGCAGCCCCCGCUGCUGCAGCAACGGAUGCAGCAGCAGUUGCAUCUGGCGCAGCAGGAGCAGCUCCCGCUGCUGCAGCAACAGGUGCAGCAGUAGCCGCAUCUGCUGCAGCGGGAGCAGCUGCCGCUACUGUAGCAACAGGUGCAGCAGCAGCUGCUUCUGCUGCGGCAGCAGCUGCCGCUGAUGUAGAAACAGGUGCAGCAGCGGCUGCUUCUGCUGCAGCAGAAGCAGCUGCCAUUGCUGCUGGCGGCGGGUAUUCAAUUGCUGCACCAGCUGAGGUUGACGCAGCAGCAGCAGCAGCACUCAAGUCCGUUAGAUCAACAGCAAUUUCUGCUGCUGCAGUGCCGUGUGCCCCGACAGCAGCCUGCCGUAAGUCCGACUCGCUAGAAAAUACGCAGCAGCAGCAGCAGCAACAUAGUGAACAGCUGCAGGAAUUGGAGCAGCAGCCCAAUCAUCAGCAACAGCAACACCAACAAAUGGCCCAGCAGCAGCAACAGCAGCAGGAGCAUAUUGACUUUCUUUCUUUGCUGCUGCAACCAUCGGCACCUCGCCGACCUCGCAACGCUGCAAAACUGCGGGAAGAGCAGCUGCUGUUGCAGCAGCAGCAGCAGCAAAACCAGGUUUUUUGGCUUGAACCAUUUGAAUUGUGA